AUGCAGAAAAAGCAGUUGCCAAAAAUCAACACCCACUCUGACUGAAACUCUCAGCAAACUAGGAAGAGAAAUUCCACAAUCUGAUGAAGGGUAUUGGAUCAAAUCAGGGUACAGAUGAGAGAGAAACUACACAGAGAAGAAAGAAGGCAGGGAGAGAGAGAGUCAUCAAUCCAAUCAGUAGCCUCCUGCACAUGCCUGGACCAGGGGUCAAACCUGGGAUCAAACCUGGGAUCAAACCUAGGAUCAAACCUACAACCGAGGUGACAUACAAAUGGCUUAGCUACACACUAGGAGUUCAUGUUAACCAGGCCAAACAGAUGCUGUAUGAUUAUGUUGAAAGGAAGCGAAAAGAAAAUUCGGGAGCCCAGCUGCACGUCACCUACUUAGUGUCUGGCACUCUUGUUCAGAAUGAACAUUUGUGCCACAAGGUUGCAGUAGUGAGAGAAGAUAAAUUGGAAGCAGUGAAGUCCAAGCUGGCUGUGACUGCCAGUGUCCAUGUGUACAGCGUCCAGAAAGCCAUGCUGAAGGACAGUGGGCCUCUGUUCAACACUGACUACGACAUCCUUAAAAGCAACUUGCAGAACUGCAGCAAGUUUAGUGCUAUACAAUGUGCCGCUGCAGUCCCUAGAGCUUCUGCUGAAACUUCACCUUCUGAGAAGUUGGAGCAGUCGAAUCAUCAGGUGUCAAGUGAGACACAAGCCAAUAAUGAGUUGACCACCAAUGGUUAUGGCCCACCUAGCUCCAAACAGAUUUCCCACCAACCUAAAGGAAUUAUGGGAAUGUUCGCCUCUAAAGCUGCUUCUAAAACCCAAGAGGCCAACAAAGAAACCAAAACAGAAGUUAAAGAGGUAACAAAUGCAUCUUCAGCGGGUAAUAAGGUACCAGCAAAAGGGAAUGUGAUGAACAAUUUUUUUGGAAAAGCUGCUAUGAAUAAACUUAAAGUCAAUUUGGAUUCAGAGCCAGCACUGAAAGAAGAAAAAAUUGUGGAACAGCCUCCACUGUCUGUCACUGAACCAAAGCUGGCAGCCCCCACAGGCCUGAAGAAGUCCAGCAAAAAAGCAGAGCCUGUUAAGAUGCAGCAGGAGAAAAAGAGGGGGAAGCGAGUGGAGCUCUCUGAUGACGAGACAAAAGAAACUGUCAGCAUGAGGAGAAAGAGGAGGAGAGUCAAACUCCCCGAGUCUGACAGCAGUGAAGAUGAAGUCAUACCAGAUUCUCCUGGGGCUUAUGAAGCUGUGUCGCCAUCCCCACCUCCUCCUGCGUCUCCCCCUCUUGACCCAGCACCGAAGACUGAACCAGAGCCUCCUUCUGUCAAGCUCGUAGGUGGAGAAAACAAAAGAAAACGAAAGCGUGUGCUGAAAUCUAAAAUGUUUCUGGAUGGUGACGGCUGCAUGGUGACUGAAAAAUUCUACGAGAGCGAAUCCUGCACAGACAGCGAAGAAGAACUUAAGAUGAAGACAUCGUCCAUACACAGACCCCCAGCAAUGACUGUCAAAAAAGAGCCCAAAGAGGAACGAAAGGGCCCCAAGAAAGGAACUGCUGCUGUGGGCAAAGCCAACAGACAAGUGUCCAUCACUGGCUUCUUCCCGAGGAAGUGAACUGCCAUCUCUGUUGGGUCAGGGAUGUGGAGUGGUCGGGGGGAGACCAAGACAUACAGACUCUCACUUACUGUGUAAGUUCGUCUAGCGCCUCACUCACCUGUGUCAGAGGGCUGUUCUUCCGUCUGUAAAGUUUGUGCUACCGGUUUCUAGCCAAAAGAAAUCACCUGGAAGCAAGAGGCAAAAGAAUAUUUAAACAGCUGUUACCUUCUAAUGACAUUUUUAAAGCAUAGUCUUUGACCUGUCCAGCAGAAGACUUUACUCAAAAAAAAAAAAAUGGAAACAGGCUUCAGAAUUAUCACUGAAGCCAUUUAGGAGCUAACCCACUGCUCCCUGCCCACCCUGGGUCCUGUCCGCACAUGACUCAGGGAGCCUUCCUGCUCGUUCCUUUGAUUCUGUGGGCUUGUGUGGUAUUCUUUCAUCCCUGCGUUUUAUUGGAUGUGUGUACCACUCUCUUAUCACCCCUUCCCCUCUAACACAGUUCUUUGUGAAGCCAUUUUCUGUAACUUUUAAAUCUUCGGUGAACUAAAGGCUGAAACGAAAACACCCCUAUAACCAUCUUUUCCUCCGUUGUAAAGCGCACUGACGCCUGGCCGCAUACCAGCACACUGCUUGGGUUCUGCCCCAUUCACAAAAGCUCUCUGGACCAGCACUCCCAACUCGCGGUUAGGGAGCACGAACAGAAAUGUAAUGGCGUGUUCAACUCCGCCAGAAAUCACCAAGUCCGCGAUGACAGGAUAGAGGGCGUGUUGUGUUGCUGACGUGGAGUGUGGUGCUCUUCGUGACCUCGGUCUCCUCCCCUCUCACCCUUUCCCACUUUCAAUACCUAGAGAGUGAAACCCAUACAAUGAAAUGAAGGCUAAAAAGAAAGCUUUUCCUACAUGCAGUAUGUAACAGUUAAGUAAAAUUCUUUUUAAGGAAGCUGAGCGUUCAGAAACAACAGUUUUCCAGGAAGUUCAUGAGGAGGAGAGAAAAGGACACACUUACAAUACAGAUGUUGCUCCUCUGUGCUUUUAACCCUCCCAUUUGCCCAAAAGUACAGGCUCCCUGAGAAGAGAUGGAGAGACUGAGGUAUUAGGAGGUCCAAACUGCUACUAAAUAAAUAUUUUCACUUGUUCCUUAAGGAAAAUCAAGUACUGCAGUGAUAGCUUUUAAGCGACUUCCAUUGUGGCUGGACAGUGGGCUCAGUGGAUGGAGGUGGGGUGGCAGUGACCUGCACAGUGAGCCCUGGGAGACAGGAAUACAGGCUUGGCUGCUGGUGUGAUUCACUGCAAACAGACCAGGGAUGUCUGACUUCUUUCCAUCUUAGCCUGGUGUACGUCUUACGUGACACAGCCUGCUACGUGCUGUUCAAGUGCGUAUUGUAAUGGACCUUGGACAAAGAGCAGCUUCUUGAGCAGCUGUCACCUUGGGCUCUCUAGCCAGGCACCCCGUGGCCUUGAUUAAGCCCAGAGGUUUGGCAUCACUUCUAGAACUUGUAAAGGCAGAGGCUUAUGUAGCAAGCCGAGUAAAGGUUGACAUGUUCCAACCCCCUUUCUUUUUUACAUCUAAAAGGAUGGAGAAAAACCUAAAAGCCUAAACUUAAACCUUUACAAAAAUUUCUGGAGAAGAAUCCCUUUUAAAUGGUUAUUUUUGUCAUUACCUGCAGUGGCAAAAAAUACAAAUGAAAAAUUAAAGAAAAUCAACUCAGUCUUUUCUUUUUUAAUUAUGCUGAGGUCUCUAGUAGACUGAAUUUUGAAGUGGAGAUCUCCGGUGCCGGCAGAAAGGGUAGUGCAGACCCUGGGACAGCAGUCCUGUGGCGGCUGUGUGCCGCCGGCAAGAUUUCCUUAGUAAGUGGUGGCCCUUUUUUUUUAAUACAAAACUACAGUGUUACCCCAUGAGUUAAAUAAAUCUGAGGAGUUGUUUUAAAAUAGUUCUUUCAA